AAAAAAAUUUUGCGAACAAUAUUUAUUAUUUAUAGAGAGAUGUAAAGAUAACAUAUACGUCGUUUAAACUGCAUCAAGCUAAUUCGAUGGCUCGUGCUUUGAGAUGGGAAAUCACGCUACGUGUCAAGUUGGAGCUAGUUGUAGUUUGAAUCGGGAAUCUAUUCCAAAAUCAGAUUUCUAGGAGGAAUAAAAAUGGCGAAUGAUAUAAUAAUGAGAGGCAAAGACAGAUUACAUGAGAUUAGUAUGAAAUUGGAACAGAGUCAUUUAGUGUAUCUGCAAACGGAUGAUAGCCCUUUAAAACUACAACAACGACAUAAAUUGGAAGGCUUUAUAAAGGAAUAUCUUUGUCUAGUACCCAAUGAGAAUAAAUACGUGUUUCAAGAAACAGCAGAUAUUUUACACAGAUCAGCAGCAACACUAACAGAUUUUAGUGGGUAUAGAGCAGCAACUGCUUGGAGUGCAAUUUCCUUAUACGCGGCUAAUCUGUUGGCUCAGCCUUGGCGAAAAGAAUAUAGGAUAGUGAGGACAUACAGUGGCUAUUAUAAACACGAGGUAGAGGCAAAUUUAAUAGGUGCCGAGUUAAUGUUUGAACAGAUGGGUUAUAAGCACACUGGUUUGGGUAUAUUGACUUUGGAAGGGCCAAUUGAUCCUGAUAAGGUUUCAAACGUCAGUAGGGAUGCUAUUGUAGCUUUUGUAGAAUGUCAGAUUUUAAAGCAGAUAUGGGAAAGUGUGUCACAGAAAUACACCAUUUCUUGGCUGGAGGUAUUGGAGUUUCGUGAGAAUCACGUUGGUACACCAGAGCAGGCCAUUCGAGCGCUAAACUAUCGUUUCCUCGAGAAAGUGCAUCAAAACCGCACAAAGGUCGAUAACUAUAAGGAUUAUUAUCAGCAGCAAAUGGGUAUAGACGUUUUGCCAUUGCAUCUGCCUUAUCAUCACAUUGUACAUGCUAAUUACAACACAACAAUGCCGUCGACCUGUCAAACAGAUUAUCGGCACAUCGAAGAUACGACAAACAUGGCAGUACCGACUAAUUAUCGAUAUUAUCAACCUCUCAAUCAUGGUUUCAUCAAUUGUUGCACUAGCUACGGUUGCUUGCCCUCUCAUGGCAAUAAGUUUUAUGGUAAUAGUACACAACCGAAUCCAUAUUGCGCCACGUUACCAGCAUAUGCAGCUCGAGUACCAACCGGUAGACUGAUAGAACUCGAUGUACCGGUGUCUGUGGCAAAUUAUGAAAAAACACACACUCUCCGUAAACCUAUGUCCCACCGGAUAUCAGAUCUGGAUGAGAUAGACUUUUAUAAACGGCAAUCGAGCAACGGGGAUCAUUAUGAACACGGUAAAACUGAUAGAAAAACUGCUAGCAGAUCGAAUUCCAGUGCUGGAAAAGACGGUUAUGAUACAUGGGACUUUGUGUACAGAAAUCUUGAGAGCUUGGGCUACUACAAAGAUCUCGAUGAUCGAGACGAUGUUUUACAGCAUAAGAAGGAGCUGGAUUCUAUCUAUGUCAAGCACAAGACGCUUAGGCAAACGGAGAACGAAGAUAAGUAUAGCGCGCAUAAAUCGGAGAAGAAAAGAAGCAGCGGUAGGAUUGAAGCGAAUGAGAUCGAUUCGUCCGAAACAAACGGCAAAAAUCAUCAGGAUAUUCUACCCUUCAAGAAGAAAUCCUCGUCCUUUGAUUUGUCAGAUUCGAAUAGAUAUAACAUCGAUGCAAAUUAUAAAGAUAAAAAGCACAACAGUCAAACUUUACCAAUUCCACGCACACACAAAUCUUCGGAUCAGAUAGCGAAGAAGAUUGCAGAUUCCUUUAAAAAUCUCGACAUUGCGCAAAUGAGUAAACAGAAAAAGGAAGAGGCGGAGGAUGAAAAGAGAUGGAAUUGUGCCACGUGCACAUAUCUAAAUAUGCCCGAUCGAGAUAUCUGUGAAAUGUGCGCUAAAUCGAGAUGCAAAGGAAACGAGGACAAGCCGCUCGCCAGCGGCGGCAAGGAGUGUCCAAAAUGCACGCUGGUAAACGAGAAAAAUGUUUCUAUCUGUGAUGCUUGUCAUACCAGUCUGAAGGAUUCUCCGACCUACAUAUAAAUAGACUGAAACGCCUGAAACUUCGCGAAAGAAGAGAUUCUCGCAUAUUUGCCACAAUUUGCAGUUUGGUAUAUUGCAAAGGUAUACGCAAAGGUAUAUUGAGUGUAAAAUAUAAAAUUAUUGAUCGAACGAAUUAUACGUACAACAUAAAUCCUUUUUCAACGACCUAAAAUGAGACGUGAAUACAGAAAACUUAGAUACAUAACUUGCAUUAACUGUGUUAAUAACACAUGCGAAUCUUGAUCUUCAGAAAAGGUACAAAGAUAUUUAUUUAAAAUUGUCUCGAACAAGGAAAAUCUUAUAAUGAUUUUCUUUCUAUUAGUAUUAUUAUGUUAUGAGGCCUAUUGAGGAUAAGUAUUGAAUAAGUUCAGAGUCAUAACUAUUAGCAUUAUUGUAACAUUUGACAGUUUGUGAU